AUGACCAAAGAAUGUCCAAUAUUUACUAAUUUUAUUUAUUUAUUUAAAACAGUAUUUAAAGGUAAUUUGUCAGGAGGCAGGGCGCUAGACGUCGCGGAGGGCGGGCGUGCUGCGGCGGGUGCGCGGGGCGCGGGGGCUCGGCUCGCUCGGGACUGCUCCGUGCGGCUCGAGCGCCUCGCGAGCCGCGCCGCGCGAGCCCCGCAGCCUGCAGCCGCCGCUGACUCGGAUGGUGAACACCAAUCAUAUGGUACACCUGAGAAAGAAGAGACGUGUGAUAUAUGCGGAGAGAGUUUUGAUUUGAAAUCAGAUUUAAUAAAACAUGUCGCGGUCCACAUCCAUGUGCCUACAAGCGCGGAGCAGGGAGCGGGCAGACCUGAUGUCACGGGCAAUGCGCCCGCUCUGGUCUCCCCUGCGGCGGUGUCUAGUCGCCGCCGCUCGUGCGCGGUCAGGCUGGAGCGCCUGCUGCCGGACGCGGCGCGGCGCAGCUGCCGGGUCGGGCGCCGCACGUACAAGCUGCGCGCCGCCGAGCCCGCCGCCGCCGCCAGCUAUCAGUGCCACCAUUGCGGCGAACGGUUCACGAACAAGUCGGUUUUGAAGAAACACGUACACACUCACUCACCUUUACAUCAUUCAACCGUAGGGGAUCAAAAACUGUAUAAAAAGGGUCACAUGAUUACACAGAUAAGUGGAAAGCUUUUCAGUUGUAGCCACUGUAGCUACAAGAGUAGUUGGAAAUCAACUUUACGGAGACACCUGAUGACUCACACAGACGAGAAGCCUUUCAGUUGUAGCCACUGUGGCUACAAGACUCGUACGAAAUCAACUUUACGUACUCAUCUCAUGACUCACACAGACGAGAAGCCUUUCAGUUGUAGCCACUGUGGCUACAAGACUCGUACGAAAUCAACUUUACGUACUCAUCUCAUGACUCACACAGACGAGAAGCCUUUAAUUUGUAGCCACUGUGGCUAUAAGUUUAAAACAAAAUCAUAUUUACGGAGACACCUGAUGACUCAUAUAGACGAGAAGCCUUUCAGGUGUAGCCACUGUGGCUACAAGUUAAGAAGUAAAGCAAAUUUAUGGUCUCACCUGAUGACCCACACAGACGAGAAGCCUUUCAGGUGUACCCACUGUGGCUACAAGUGUAAAAGAAAAGCAGAUUUACGUACUCACCUGAUGACUCACACAGGCGAGAAGCCUUUCAGUUGUAGCCACUGUGACUACAAGUGUAUAAUAAAAGCAAAUUUACAGGCUCAUGUCAUGACUCACACAGACAAGAAGCCUUUCAGGUGUACCCACUGUGGCUACAAGUGUAAAAGAAAAAACAAGUUUACAGACUCACCUGAUAAUUCACACAAACGAGAAGCCUUUCAGUUGUACCCACUGUGGCUACAAGUGUAAAAGAAAAGCAGAUUUACAGACUCACCUGAUAAUUCACACAAACGAGAAGCCUUUCAGGUGUACCCACUGUGGCUACAAGUGUAAAAGAAAAACAAGUUUACAGACUCACCUGAUAAUUCACACAAACGAGAAGCCUUUCAGGUGUACCCACUGUGGCUACAAGUGUAAAAGAAAAGCAGAUUUACAGACUCACCUGAUAAUUCACACAAACGAGAAGCCUUUCAGUUGUAGCCACUGUGGCUAUAAGUGUAGAAGAAAAGUAGAGUUACGGAGGCACCUGAUGACUCACACACAGCGAACGAAAAAACAUAGAAGACUAACGUCCAACAAAAUAUCAGCGUAAAAGUGGCCCCACUAUUAAAACACGCAAUACUAAUAACGGACCAAUUGCAACUCGUCUAAGUUCAGGUCUUGUUUUCUUCGAUGUAACUUCAUUUGACCAUGAUUAGUCAAUUUAAACCACCCGAACUACGAUUGGUCUAUUAUAAAAUGUGGCGCUGUGAUUGGCUGUAGCGUUGUCACUUGAAAAUACAUGUCAAUGGAAACCAGCUCCAGGUAGACGGUUUCAUGCAAUAUUGACUAGUUUUAAAUGCAAUAUUUUUGUAUGAUAAUUUUAUUUUAAAGGCUUAUUAUUUGUUCGUUUAUCGCACGUGUUUAAAGGCAAUUAUGCCUUCGAACCAAUUAAUACAUUGUGUCGUUCAUCUUAUAGGGCACCUACGACGUUUAGUUAGGUGGCACAGAAAUAUGUCAAAUUAAUGAAAAUUUGAUAGGUCAAAAUUGGAACAAUACAGCUGGCAUUUGGGAUUUUGUAUUUUGCUCUGAUCAAGAUGAAAACCGAUAUCUGAGGAUCCAAGAGGCCUUCUAUUAUGAAUUUGAGAUCAAAAUAAUAAAAAAAUGCCAUGGGUUGUAUUUUAGAAUUUUUCAUCCAAUCAAGAUGAAAAUCGAUAUCUGUAAAAUCUUCGCUGGUCUUAGGUGUUGUCGAGGUGAUAAAUAAUAGUGGACUGUAGUAUAGACGCUGGUUUACUUCAAAAAAUACAAGAAUACAAAAAGUGGCAAAGUGAACAGUCGUUGGGGGAUUGGACAACAACCGUAAGUUUUUAAAAGCUCUGUAAACUGUCAACGUUUUGAAUAUAAAAUUGCCAUAGUGAAAUUAGAACAUAGAGAUAUUGAAUAACGAUUGAAUUUAUACAUUUCAUUGAGUAUUUUAAUUAAAAAAUAUGCAAUCUGAAUGAAAUUAAUUAUAAGAAUAUUUGGAUACAUUAAAUUAAAUUAUAUAAUAAAUUAUUGAUUUUUAAUUGCAAACAUUAAUGACUUAACCUAACGAAUAAAGGAUCAAAAAUGAGUCCAUUUUUGAACGAUUCGUAACAAUAUCUGAGGAUACGAUUGGCCCUUCAUUAUGAUUCAGAAGUCAUAUUUGGUAAAAGCGCCCUCCAUCUUGAAUUUAUCCAUUUUUUGGUCUGACGGCUGGAUCGAUUUGGCUAAUUUUGGUAUUGGAAUAUUUCUAGGUCCAGGGACAGUCUGAACGGUGAAAAAAUAUGGAAAGAAUGCGAGGAAAAUAGUAAAAAC